AUGCCGUCGGCCACCUGGCUCUUCAAUAGCCCGUUUAACGUAGAUGACGACACCAGUCUUCCGCCGCUGACGAUCCCUUUGGGGCAUCAGACAAGCACUAGCAGCCUCUUGAUGCAGCCUCUAGUGCAGAAGCUUGUCGGCGUGUAUCCCGAAGACGUCUUCUUCCGAGUCGAGUCAAAGCGUCAAGUGGUACCUAGUAUAGCACUGGCUUGUGUACCAGAUGACGAUUUUGUAGAAACGCCCCGUCUUGAUUCUGAUACAACUAGGGCUCUGGUGGACUGCUUUUUCGAAACUGACCAUAGCAUUAACCCUUUUCUCGACAAAAAGGAUUUCCUCGCCCGUUACAAUGACGUUUUUAACGGUCAUCCAAAUUUGAACGACGAAUCGGCCGGUGCACUUGCGGUCCUUGCUAUCGGAGCAAUCGAUGGCAAAGCGAGGAAGAGUAACGAGGAAUCCCUGGAGGAUGCCCCCGUGGAACCACUGCCCGCGUGGAGACUCAUUCACAUGGCGUCGACGAACGUGCAACAAUUGUUGAUCAGAUCCAAGAAAUCGAUUUCCAAUCCAACCGAAAUAGAAGAGAUCACGCGAUUGAGCUGGUCGUGCUUUCUCAUUGAAUGGUAUGCUACCUAUCUACGAAGAAUGUACGAUUUGGGCAGGCUUACAGCAUUCAGCGAUAUCGUUUCCGAGUUCCAUCAACCACGAAGUGGCAUCGAGCCCCUCGUGGACAAGAUGCCCUAUCCUCGCUCUGGGGACUCACCGUCUCCGGCCAGUUUGGCGUUCAUGGCCGAAAUUUCCGUGCGAUUUCUUAUUAAUCGAGUGCAGCAUUCUAUCUAUUUUACUGAUGGUGUCACCAUAUACUCUGGCCGGCUACUAGACUCAUUUUCUUCCAAUCUAUCCAACCAGAACAUGUCCGACGAGUCACUUCUGAGUGUUUGUAAAGAGUUGGAUCAUCAAUUGGAGACAUGGUACCAGUCUCUGCCAGAGAUCAUCAAACCGGCUCUCUCGAGCGACCUUGACUGCAACUCACAAGCCAAAGUCCUUCGUUUGCGAUACUGGUCCGCCAAACAGAUAAUAUACCGGCCAUUCCUCAUAUACGCAACAUCACUCAGUUCAGAUCAGGAGUUACCCACUUUCAUUAUUGAUAAAUGCCAAAUCUGCUUCACCAGCUGCCGGAUGUCUCUCGACUUCUCGAGAGAAUGGCUGACAAGGUACUCGCCUUACACGUAUAGUGUAUUACAUGAGUGA